AUGGACGGCGCCGAGCGCGGCGACCGCGGCGCGGCCCUGGUGCCGGCGAGGUCCCGGGCGGCCUUGCAGCCCCUCGAGCAGGAGGAGGGCGACCCCUCCAAGUACAGCAAGCACAAUCUCGCCCUGUCCCUGCAGGAGUGGGAGAAGCUUGACGUUGGGGCGAUCGCGCUGACGACCGCGAAGAACGCUGUGCAACAGAGGCCGGCCCUGGUGGCCGUCUGGGCGGUGGGCCUCCUUUUGGCCGCCCUGGCCGGGGGGCUGCCGGUGGACGACGACGCGAGGGAGGCCUACAGCGUGAUGUUCCAGCGGGCAGAGGUCAUAGACACCAGGGAGUUUGGGCAACAGGCGCUCGGCGAGCUAGAGACGGCCGAGCAGGAGUACUACGCCCUGCAAGGCUGGUUCGGCGCCUGCGACGCGAACUGCACCAGGGCACUCGACAGGGUUCAGCUCGCCCGCGAGCACGCGGAGCAGGUGCGGCGGCGCCGCGACCAGGUGCUGUCCGACGCCCGCAGGGAAGUGGGCAUUUGGUCCUCGUUCGGCGUCCAGGAUGUUCGCAAGAGCUUCUGGGACGCGUGGAAGUCCGGGAAGGAUUUCGCCGCUCGAAUGACCAUGUACGACGCCCUCUUUAUGGUCGGUGGUCGGGACGAGAAUGUGACCACGAUGGUGUUGAAAUUGGUCAUGCAGUACGUCGUGAACCUCUCGAUGGGGUUGGUCGGCGCAUUCUUCUACUUUCUGCAUAACCUUUACUUGUUGAUCGUCUCCUACGGGGCCUCCUUCCUCUCGGGCCUCGCGUUCUUCCUCCUGGCCGCUGUGGCCGCCAUGUCCGUGGUGGGCACCUACAUCGGCGGCAUGAUCGGGGGCGUCGCUGCCGGGGGCAUCGUCAUGAUGCAGCAGGCCGCGAGGCAGGCGGCGCUGGAGGCCGACCGCCGGGGCUGCCGGAGCCGCGACAGGCUGCGCGACAGGUCCCACGACUCCAAGGAUUUCGUUUGA